CAGAUGCAUGCAGGAGACGACGAGGAUUCUGCUAUAGACGUUCUUGUUUUCGUGGUACACGUUUAGUGGGAAGAUGUUCAGCAAGCCUUGUGUGCUGCAGAAGCCCCAAGAAGACCCAGGACAGGCAUCAGCCAUGAGGAUCCUCUACCUGCUCUUCCCUUUGUUCCUCCUGCUGGUGCACAGUGCUGCAGGAUCCUCCUUGGAGCCAACAAACAGGGAACAAUGUCAGCGAGAAAAUGGCUACUGUGGCUUUGUGAAGUGCAGGUUCCCCUUUGUCAUUAUAGGAAGAUGUUCCACAUUCUUCUUUUGCUGCAAAAAUCGCUGGGGAUGAAACCCUGAGAUUGCCAAGCAG